AUGGCCACGCCGCCGCGCAUGAUGGUGCUCAAUUACUACGGGUAUGAGUAUUUCUGCGCUCUGCCCGAGACCUUUGACACGGUAGCGCACAUCACGGCCGCGCUGUCGGUGCCCGCCACGCACCUGAUUCGCCUCAGUCUUCCCGCCUCCGAUAUGCACCGGUACGGGCUGCAGCAGUAUCUUGCCGGUAACAGUGUGUACAUAGAGUUGAGAGGGAGGCUUUGCGUGAAGGCGGAGACAGCCGCGACGCCGCCCCCGAGCUCUGGUACAGAGAAAAUAGCUGACCUCAGUUCGGACAACGACUCGUUCUACUACGCGAUAGCGGGUCGGCCCUUUGUCCGCUUCGACGUGCACGCGUUUGAAAGAAAUGCAGGCGCUAAGAGUGCCGAAGCCAAGCCCGGAGCGAAGGAACCAGGCAAGGAGGCACCCAAGCCCGGACCAGCGGCGAAGGAGAAACCGAAACCGGCGCCGAAGACUGUGGAACAGACGCUGCACGCGCGUACACUCGAUAACAAGGAGGUCAAGUGCACCGCGAGCGUGACUGGAGAACUCGCAAAAGGACCUCCUCCCGGGCGGUAUCUCGGCACGUUCAGUGUCGACAAGGAUCACGCUCAGGCGUUCCAUGGCAAGCAGCUGAGCGACGUCCAGCACGCCGUCAAGAGUGAGCUAUGGAUCGUGGACGGUGAGCUGACCACAGUCGUCGAGCAGGACCAGAGCAUUGUGCGCGUCCUGUUUCGUCCGAGUUCAGAUCGGUCCAGACUCGAGAUGAUCUACGGGGGUGGUGAGAAGGCGGUUGAGGUCAGCCUUACGUUGAAAGGAUGGACCGUGUCGAGCACAUACCCCUACACGCCAAUUCGGGGCACAGAGGGGAGCGACGACAGUCUGCGGUGGUUCCUGCGCGUCAAGCCGAAUGGGGUGAUCGAGGACGUCCUGCACUCAGUCGAGAUGAGCGGUAUCUUCUACGAGCUCAUUCCAAAGCAGGCUCCCCAGCCCAAGUCGAUGAAACCCGACAGCCCACUCGUGCCGGGUAUGCUCUGA